UCCAAUUAUUUUUUUUUGAUGAAUGAGCCCAAACAUAUAAAUUAAAACCCUAAAUAACUUCGGUCUUAACUACGAAUGUAAUGAAUAACUUAGAAAACAAAAAAAAUUAAUUAAUUCAAACUACUUGAAGCUUGACAGUAGACGCUGAUCCACUCCCAUGUGCACGUGACCUUGAAUCAAUUCACAGCGAAGAUCACACGCAUGGAAUCGACGUCGUUUAGCACACCGAUCCGAGUUCAACCAAGAUCAUCAUUCGGGGUCAGGCGGAUCCAGUCCGUACCAGAUACGCUCCUUCCGCCCUUUCUCUCUCUCUCUCUCUCCUCUCCUCUCCUCUUUGUCCCUUUCUCUCUCUACCCGUCAUCACUAUAAUUACUUCGCUGCACGUUCUCUCUUCGUAACCGCCCACCUCAUAACAUCUGCCCGGGCAAGCAAACAGCCCGCGUCGCACCAAGUUGCAGAAACCUCCAAUGACGAAAAGCCACCUAAUCGCGGCGAAGCCCACGCGUCAAUUUUCUAUUGGGUAGACGAUGCGAAGGCCGUCGCGCUAGCGCGUCCCGAAAGGAAAAUAUCUUAUAAGCGCGUACUGGGGCGCGAAAACCGCGAGCUGCGCACUUGAGGGGCAGCGUUGACGACCGGCCGACUCGCCGGCGUUCUUGGCCAACUCCUUUCGGCGCUUCUAAGUCCACUCUCCCACUCCGAACGUUCCUGAACCUUCUUAAACCCUGACCCCGUGAAAUAAAGUCUUCCACUUUCACAAUUUCCCUGCAUUGAAUCGAGUUUCAGAGAGAGGGAUAGGGAGAGGGAGAUGGUGGUUGAUUACUAUAAUGUGCUGAAGGUGAAUCGGAGUGUGGGGGAAGAAGAGCUGAAGAAGGCAUAUCGGAGAUUGGCAAUGAAAUGGCACCCGGACAAGAACCGCAGCCACGAUAAGGGAGAGGCGGAGGCAAAGUUCAAGCAGAUCUCCGAGGCUUAUGAUGUGCUCAGCGACCCCCAGAAGCGUCGGAUCUACGAUCUGUAUGGGGAAGAGGGCCUUAAGGCUGGUGUGUUUCCCCCUUCUGCCGGCGGCGGCGUAAGGCGGGCAAAACCAGAUUUUGGUUUCAGUACUAGAGACGCUGAGGACAUAUUUGCUGAGUUCUUUGGUGGAUCUGACGGUAACGGCGGUGGUGGACGUCGUGCGUUUGGGGAGAAUGCUGAGAGGUACGAUGGUGGCAAAGGUGGGAAUGAGUCGAAUAGAAAGGCGGCGGCGGCGGUGGAGAGUAAGCUGUCCUGUAGUCUGGAGGAGCUUUACAAGGGUUCUAAGAGGAAAAUGAAGAUUGAGCGUACGGUCCCUGAUGAUUCUGGUGUGCCCAGGACUGUUGAGGAGAUCUUAGCAAUUGAUAUCAAGCCCGGUUGGAAGAAGGGAACGAAAAUCACUUUCCCCAAGAAGGGCAACCAAGAACCCGGUGUCGGCCCAGGAGAUCUUAUAUUUGUGGUGGAUGAGAAACCACAUCCUGUUUUUAAAAGGGAUGGCAAUGAUCUGAUGAUCAAUCAGAGAAUAACACUGCUUGAGGCUCUCACUGGGAAAACCCUCACCUUGACAACCUUGGAUGGAAGGAGUCUCACAAUCCCUGUGACAGAUAUCGUCAAACCAGGCUAUGAGGUGGUUGUCCCAAACGAAGGAAUGCCCAUAUCAAAAGAACCAAGGAAGAAAGGAAACCUUAGGAUCAAGUUUGAUGUGAAGUUUCCAUCAAGGCUUACUGGAGAUCAGAAAUCUGACUUGAGGAGAGUACUGGGCGGAAAUGAUUACUAAGUUAUAAGUUAAAGCCAGAGGUAACAACCAUCUUUAGUGUUGACUAGCAAUGUAAGGUUUACUGAAUGUAAAUAUUUUAUAUUUUUCAAUGUUGAAGGGGACUGUGCAUACUAGGGUGAGAACUACGGGGGCUGGUGGUGUUUUAGUGUGGCAGCCAUGAAAAACAAGAAACUAGAGAAUUCUGUUUUGACUGCCACCUGAUGAAAUUGUCUUUAUUUUCAAAUUUGUACAGCAGAAAUACAGCGACGGCCCUGUAAUUUGAAGGGCAGACCAUCUGUCUAAUACUUGCGAAGUGAUGGGUUUAAAUUAAUUGACUGGUUUUGAAUUCA